UCUCCUUCCUACCCUCUGUCUCUGUCAUCUCGCUCCAUAUAAGCAAAGCAAGCCUUCGACACACUGUACUCUUCCCUUCCAACCACAACCAUGCAAGCCACGAAAUCGUUCGAGCGAGCUUUCCUCAGGCAACUGCUUCGUGUCUUCCGACUAUCUGCUGUUUCGUACAAAAGCAUGAGCUUACAAGAGAGGAAGAGCGCCAUCAAGCUGUCGGCGGAUGUGGCCAUGGCCUCUGCGAGAGGCAGCAGAAAAUGGACUCGUGGCCUCAUCGCGAAGCUCUCCGAGGAAGACGAGCACAGGUCCUUCCUCCGGCUCAUCCUGGGAACGGAGUACGAGAGACUGACCAAGCCAUGCCACGGCUCAUGGAAGAUCCCAAGAAGCAAGAAGAUCGUGAGGAGGAGCCUCCGAGUGUGCUCAAGGAGGAAGAACAACCUACGCGCACCGCACGGUGUCAAGAGCAGUGUCCUCGCCAGGACUCUGGUGGAGAAGAGAACACAUGCGCUCAAAAGGCUUGUUCCCGGGGGUGAGUCCUUGGAUGGGUACUCUUUGUUAGAUGAAGCCUUGGACUAUGUCAUCUCUCUUCGAGCUCAGGCGGAUCUAAUGCAGAAGCUUCUGACGACUUUCGAGGCAUCAAAGCUCAGUGCUCUCAGCAAAUGCACAUUGCCCGAAAGAAAAGCUUCGUUCGUUGGCAAAUGAGGGAUGUGAGGUGGGAGGCUGGUAUUCACCAGCAAAAGUUGACAGAAAAGGCUCAGCUAAGGCCAAAGCUCACACUGUAAAAUGGGAACAACGUGGUCUCUGAAGAAAGUAACAUGGGAAGAAUGUGGUGCCUGCAACGAGUGGUUUGUGAUAUGCUUUGAGAUUGAAGGUCCCAAUGUGAAGGACCGGAACUGCGCAUGUUAAACCUCAUCAUAUGGUUGUAUAUUUCUGCUACUUUGGUUUGCGAGAGUGGAGAGGGAUUAAGAAGUGGAACUUUCUUUCCUUUUGCAAUCGAUGUUACUAGCUCUUGUAGUUACCAUCACAUACAAAUGUGUCUGGGAAAGCAAGAAGCAGCAGCAGCAGCUCCUCUUCAAAGCACUCAAAAUCCGUGUGCUGUUCGAGCAAAUUCACUCAAAAGUCUAUUAUGAAUUAUUAGUUCCCUUUAUACUCAUUCGUAUAUGCACCGUUUAGUCUAUAAACAUUUCGAGGAAUAUGUUAUAUGAACAGAAAUGAUCAUAACUGAGUGUGUUGAUAUAUAUCAUGGGAGAAGUGGAUUCAUCAAAAGGGAAAGCUUUCAGAAACAGUAAUGCUUUCAUGCUUUUUUGUUUCUUUUUUAGAUCAAGAGAACAAGUCUCUGCAUAGUGUCGUGUUCAUGUUUGUAUGUAUAAUAUCCAUCAACCUCUGAGAUUUACGAUUCAGCAGUCUGUAUCACCGUUAGUGAACUGAGAUCACUUGGACAUGGUUUAGCUUUUUAAGUAAGAAGCUAACGUCAUGGAUGUUCGUCUUAGGACAUUCCAUUAGGUGAUGAUCAUCAAUUGUUGUACUGUAGUUUGAUGGAUUAUUGUGGAGUUAUGAUCCAGUUUAAUGUUGUGGGCCAAACAUUAAAGGAAUUAGCCUCUAAGUUUGAGGGAUUACUCUCGAUUA